AAACAACAGUACAAAACUCAACUUUGAGAGGAGGAACUACCCUUUUCUUUGACUUGCUGUCCAAAGCAGACGAGGAUGAGAGGCCCACUGCAGCUGCUCAUGGGACUGAUGGUCAUCACUGCCUGCUCUCAGUCUCUCUGUGCGUUACACACUUGCAGUGAGGAGGUGGCUCGUCUGAGGGAACAGGAGAUUCUCCUGAAGGGCCUGCUGCAGAAACAGGAGCUCCUCCUCCACAGAUUACAAUCGCUGAACCAACCUGUCGACAACAACAAAGUGAACCAGACCCAGGACACUGAAUAUGCAGAUUGCUCCCAGCUUUUCACCUCUGGCUUCAGAUCCAGUGGAUUCUACAGAAUCAAAACCAGCAGAGUGUACUGUGAUAUGAGUGAAGGAGGAGGUUGGACUGUCAUUCAGAGACGCAUCAAUGGAAGUGAGACAUUUAACAGGUCCUGGGCGGAGUAUAAAGACGGUUUUGGAGACAACUCAGAAUCAGGAGAGUUUUGGCUUGGAAAUGACAACCUGCAUAACAUCACUGCACAAGGGAACUAUUCUUUGAGGAUAAACCUGGAAGACUUUGAUGGUGGCCAGCGCUAUGCUGAGUACAAGAACUUCAAAGUGGCUGAUGAAAAGGAUCACUACCGACUCACGUUUGGAGCCUAUGUAGGAACAGCCGGAGAUGCUCUGUGUGGAAGUUUCCAUGUUGGUGUCUCGGAGUGGGCGAGUCACCAGGGCAUGAAAUUCAGCACCUACGACCAGGAUAAUGACAACUACAAAGGCAACUGUGCCCAGGAAGACAAAGGAGGCUGGUGGUUCAACAAUUGUCACUCAGCUCAUCUUAAUGGCAUCUACUACCCCAGUGGUCACUACAGUGCAUUGACAGAUAAUGGUAUUAUUUGGUACACAUGGAGAGGGUGGUGGUAUUCUCUGAAGACCAGCGUCAUGAAGUUGCGACCAACUGACUUCGAAAUUGACCUCAUUGAUGACCCCAAUGCUGUAAAUCCUGGUCCAUCUUAGUAGAUCAGACAUGAGCAGAGAUCAAAUCAGUUAUUUUGGGGUUAAAACGGUUUGUCAAGCCAUAUUGUUUUAAUUGGUGUAAAAUCACAUUUGAAUCUAAAAUAAGUCGAAACAAUAGACUCCAGGAAAGAUAAAUGAUGCGUCUCCACUUCCUCCCACUGCAAAAAAAAAUGAAGUCAAAAUAUCCAGGCUGUGGAUGUCGCCAUCUCAACCUAUUUUAAAAUGUCCCUGUUGUUAUAGCAUCAAAUAACGAUUCAAACCAAACGUAUCAGAAAUAUGAACACCUGAACAAACAUAAAUGUGAUAAGAACUACCUAAAAUUACACAAACUUUUUAAUUAGGGAAGAAAAUCAUUUAAAAUGUACUUUGACAUUAUAGUUUGGCUCAGGUACGAUCUGAUAAUAUGGAGAAGCCAGAAUUUUUGACAUGUACCACAGACAGCCACCAGGAGGCCUUUAAGAUUUUUCGCCUUGACUUUUGGGGAGCUGUCAUAAUUUCCAUCUUUAUAUACAGUCUGUAAAUCUUAUUUCAUUAUCCUCUUAAUAUUAUGUGAACCUAUUAAUUUCCAUCUGGUUAUUCUGUUGUUACUAUAUGAGCUAUGUAUGAGGCCAAGAUGAGCCAAUUAACCAAUCAGACAAAAGUCUGAAGUGGUAGAUGAAACUGCACAUCUUAACAAUAUAGUUGAAAUGCAGUAGCUUACAUAACAAUAUCUAAAAAUGUGUAAAUGCUAGUUUUUGCAUCGUCAGGAGUUGAGAAACACUGACUGUUUGCCAUGAAUGUUGCAAGGGGAAGUGGAAUGCACACGCAGCUGUCUGUUUUGGUGUAUAAAGGGAAAUCUGAUGCUGAUGUGUGCUUUUGUGUGCGUGUGUGUUUGUGUGUCUAUGAGUGUGUGUGUGUGUGUGUGUGUGUGUGUGUGUGUGUGUGUGUUUGUGUGUGUGUUUGUGUGUGUGUGUUUGACAGACAGAAACAUCAGACUGAAGAGAUGAAAAGAGCCAUUACCAUGUCACUGUAAAAAGGACAUAGCAGCUUUUCAUCUGUUUAAUAAUAGCAUGGAUUGAGCUCAGAAGUGGUAAUUGUCAUAAGGAUGAACAUUAACUCUCUAUGUAUCACAAACAACAAAUAAAUGAUUCCUUUUGUAGCUUUAA